GGAGAGAAGUAUGACAAUGUGGCUCGUGCUGGCGUUGCUUGCGGCGGCAGCUGCUGCACCACAGGGAGUAGACAGGAUUGUCGGGGGAUACGAGUGCAGCCCCCAUUCACAGCCCUGGCAGGUCUCCCUUAAUGUCGGGUACCAUUUCUGUGGAGGAUCCCUCAUCACGGACCAGUGGGUGGUGUCAGCUGCCCACUGCUGGUACUACCCCGACUCCAUGCAGGUGAUCCUGGGAGACCACAACAUCCAGGUCUUUGAACACACCGAGCACCUGAUGCGCAUCGAGACCAUUGUGUGGCACCCCAGCUAUGACUACCAGACACUGGACCACGACAUCAUGCUCAUCAAGUUGGCUCACCCUGUCCGGACGGACGCCUAUGUCCAGCCCGUUUCCCUGCCGACCGCCUGCCCAGCUGCCGGCACUUCCUGUGUGGUGUCGGGAUGGGGCAAUAUCCUCAGUGACGGUGUGUUCAGCCCCUACAACCUGCAGUGCGUCAACAUCCCCAUUCUCAGCAACGCAGAGUGCGAGGGCUCCUACCCCGGGAUGAUCACCAGCACCAUGCUGUGCGCUGGCUACCUGGAGGGAGGCAAGGAUGCAUGCCAGGGAGACUCUGGUGGUCCACUGGUCUGCAAUGGGGAGCUGCAGGGCAUUGUGUCCUGGGGGGUCGGCUGUGCCCAGAAGGACCAACCCGGAGUCUACACCAAAGUCUGCUCCCUGCUGCCCUGGAUCAAGAGCACCAUGGCUGCCAACUAGUUCAGACAGAAUGUGUCACGUCUGGGAACAUGUAGACUCUCACCACUCCGCUGGACCCAGACAAGGGGAAGAGGGAGGCCAUCUCGGUGAGGAUUGGUGAUGCAUAGCCAGAGCAAGUGCAAGAGACCGUAAUAAA